AUGGCCAGGAACUGCACGUUGUGUGGUCUCAGUGGGCAUAACCAAAGAACGUGUAGUGAGAAAGGCAAGAGCAUCAAAUUAUUCGGUGUGAAGAUCUCUACUACUACAUCUAAAAAAGAUUCAGCAAAUAAUUAUGGGAGAAAAAUCAAGAAAGCAAUUCCAUGGACUGAAGAGGAACAUAGAUUAUUCUUGAAGGGGUUGGAAAUUUAUGGGAAAAGCAAUUGGGCAAAGAUUAGUAAAGAUUUGUUGCCUAAUAGAACACAUAUUCAAAUUGCUAGCCAUGCUCAAAAGUAUUUUAUGAGAUUGACUGCUGCUUCCAAUGAGAGAAAAAAUCGUAAGAAAACAAGUAUUUUCGACGUUCAUCUUGAAGAAAUGAUUUCAGAAGAAGAGACUAGUAAUGUUUCUGAACAUACAAUUCAAGAACAUGCACAAGAAACUGGUGGAAAUAUUCCAACAAGUCAAGUGCCAUGUGAACGUGCCAUUGUUCCAUUGGAGAUUAUUAAAGAACAUGCUCAAGAUCACCAAGAAACUACUGCAAUUAGCUCUGAGAGAAAUCAUAGUUAUAAUUUCUUCAUUAUUCCGUGUUUUAUGCCGGUGUUGAAUUUACCUGUAUUCCAUAGUUUUGCAAUUAACUAA